AUGGAAUUUCCAUUUGAUAUUAAUGUUGUAUUACCUAAUGAAAUAACUAUAAUUAAUGGAGAUUAUCGAAUACUUAAUCAUGGA